GUUCGCUCGGCGUGCGUCAAGAUCAUCAUGGUCUCCUAGGUGGUGUAUGAAUCGUCAGAUGACGAAGAAUACUCGAAUGGUUGGGACGAUUUCAAGAUGCAAGUGGAAGCUUUAGACAACUUCCAGUCUCCAACUCGACCAUUGGUAAAAGUCCUCGGAGAAAAACUUUCCAUUUCGCAGCAGACAACGCCUCGAGCGCCUAGGGUGGAUAUGCGUUUACAAAGACACAGUGUGUCGCACGAUGAGGAGAUGCGCGAGAUUGACGAAGUAGCUCAAAGAUUGAUAGAAUCGGACAGUGAUUCCGGGUCGGCACCGUCGACCGAGCAAUCUUCGCUGUUCUCGAGUCGCACGACCUCGAUGUCGUCCGUUGGAUCCACGGGCCUGAAACGUGCACCGGACUGCUCGCUGCCUCCCCCACCAGCAGUUAAACGCAAAGUCUCACCAUGCGCACCAGUUGUGAACCUGCCACAAGGUGGAAAAAGUCAAAAACGCAGGUCCCCCGAGUUCGGCGUCGAACUAGAUAUCGUCUACAUUGCCCACUGCGAGAAGGCUCAGAUAGUCCUUGAUCGAUAUAAACUCGCAUGGGGAACGAUAUUCGAACUGGCACGAGGUGUCACUCGUGGCAUCUGGACAUUCCAAGACAUGACGGAGCAUCGUCUACGAAAACUCGAAGGUUCAAAUGCUCAAUCGGCUUGGAAAGUUGCCACCGUCAUGGCAGACAAGGAGCCAUCUGCGAUGGGAGCGCCAUCAGAACUUUGGCUCGAAUACGAUCGAGAGCAGCUCGCGAUUGUCGAAAACAGAGGUCGCGGUUUGGGAACCAUGGGACAGUGGGAAGGGAAGGACAAUUGGUACGGAGGGAAGAUCCAGCAAGUUGCCCGUGUCGUGAGAGCUGGACCGUCUUUCAAAUUCGAACUCGAGAAACCAGAGAUUCGGAGAUCGCAUCGAUUCGCUCGGUUCUUGGGGUCUCGGCGCAUCCUCCAAGUCCGCGUGCCAGAUAACCUUACCUAUGAUAAACUCGGCUCGACACUUCGGGAAUUCUUGACAUCAAAUAAAUUUGUAUUGUGUGGCCGCGUCUUCGUACCAUUCCAUGCUAAGGAAGGGAGCAUGUACCUUCUUGAAACGAAUGAGAACAUUGAUCGGCAGACGAACCUUGGCGACGGCGACAGUCACAGACUGACACUCUACCAGUUUGUGAAGUGGCAUAAUCCUCUGAGCUUGAAUUCGAUGCAGCCCAUCAGCAAGUGGUCUACACGAUGGGCGCUCGGUUUAUCAACGUCGGUGCCAACAAUCGAGUUUCUUCCAGAAAACAUAUCUUUCAUUGGUGACCAAUAUGCUGUGGAAUGGGGCGAGGGAAAGCCCCCAGCGGAAGAAAUCAUGACUGAUGGCUGUGGUUAUAUCAGCGGUGCGGCCUUGACGGCCAUCAUGCGAGUGAUGAAGUAUUCGAGUAGACCAACCGCCGUACAAGGACGCAUUGCUGGUGCCAAGGGAAUGUGGGUUCUGCACCCAGAUCCCGAGCAUCAAAUCGCCGAUGGGCCACCGAAAAUUUGGAUACGCGACUCGCAGAAUAAGAUCAAGCUUGGCCCGCUACACAAGGUCGAUAGCGCACAUAGGAUUUUCGACCUCCUUGCGCCAUCUCGGGUAACCGGGCCAAGCCGCCUAUCGAGCCAGACACUCGUCAACUUGGCGCAUGGUCGUGUUCCUCUUUCUAUUCUGAAGGAACUCAUGGCAGAUGGGCUUCACGAGGAAGUCCGUCAGCUAACGGAGUGGAGUGGACCGGACAGUAUGAUUAUGGUCUGGCGAGCUGUGGAGCAAGCCGGCCGUAUUGUGACAUCGAGGCUGCGGCGGCGCAUUGCUGGCCAAGCGCGGGCACUUGGUCUCGGCCAACUCCGACCAAACGAGGAGCUCGCUGCCGGAAUUGAUGAUUGUGAUGAUGUUGCAGUGAACCCAUCGCUGCGUGGUUCUGAAAAUCGAGGACGUAAUCCUUACAGUGGUGAACCGCUUACUGUGCACGAGUCGGUCCUCGAACUACUGCAAGCAGGUUUUCAUCCUCUCAAACUCGACCAACUAUUCUCUAAACUCGAGCGCGUGGUGACCUAUGUGCUCGAUGAAUACAUUGAGAAAUUCCAUAUCCCGGUCAAAGAAUCUUUAGAGGCAUACAUCAUACCAGAUCCAUAUGGGGUCCUCGAGGAGGGGCAAAUAUAUUUUCGUUCUUCAGAACUUAUUACCGAUGCCGAAAGCGGGACCCAGAUAGAUACUGUGACAGGUUCUGUUUUGGUAUGGAGGAAUCCCACGAGACUGCCAUCUGAUGUCCAGAAGGUCACCGCCGUCAACCACCCAAAAUUGGCUAAUUACUUCGAUGUCAUCAUAUUCCCUGUGAAGGGGAAGCGCUCGUUGGCUAGCUACCUGGGUGGAGGAGAUUAUGAUGGAGACACGGUUACGUUGGUCUGGUCUAAACGGCUCGUCGAAGCCUUUAAUACCACUCCGCUGUGUGUGGCGCCCGCAGGUUUGACCGACGACUUUGAGCGAGAAGUCGAACAUGUAAAGGAUUUUGACCAACGGGUAUCCAAGCUCUCUGCAAAGGCGGCUCAAACAGCGUUCCAGAAAGUCCUUCUUCUUGGACUCGCGGAAACAAAAAUCGGACUAUAUUCGAAGUUCCAUGACCUCGCGGUGUACGAGCGCGGCUAUGCAAGUGCUGCCGCCAUUCGACUGGCAUAUAUGUUCACUACCUGCCUCGAUGCGAGCAAGACGGGGCUACGGGUUAAACCCCAUGUCUUCGAGCAAGAUCGCAAAUUCUGUGGAAACCGCAAACCAUAUUACAUGGUCCCUCCCGAACAGAGGACCGAGGGUCAAGAGAUAUCUAGACGUAAAGGCUCAACCCCUUACAUCCUCGAUGCCCUUGUUGACGAGGGCCGUCGCCUCCGCGAUGACUUUCUCAAGCGUUAUUCAGUUCUCCGGAGUUCUUCUAUCAACAUGGCGGACCAGGACCUUACUUCACCUUUCCUUUCUGCGUCUCGUAGGGCAAAAGAAGCCUCGCACGCCGGUGUUCACGUUCUGCAAGACAACUUGAGCGUUGUCAAAGCUCAUGUUCAAAGAGUACACGAGGACUGGCAAGUCGCCACUUCUCUGCAGAAGAAGGCUUCAGACGGGAGGGGGUCUUCGGACCCCAAGACACAAGCGAUCCAAAAGUCAGUGCAACACUUUGCGCGACGGCCGGAAGUAUUAUUUUUUUCCGACGAGGACCUCAAAACCAUCAUGGCAUCCUAUGCAUAUAAUCUCAGUGGUGGGUUUGGUUUCUCCGUUGCCUUCGCAGAGCUCUGCGCCAUCAAGGCACGAGUUCAAGGUGCCGUGCUUUUUGCAGAUAGAUUUGCAGAAGUGAUGUGCAUACCUAACAAUGUCGUCCGAGCCCUGUCACAAGCACAGGAUGAUAUAGAUGAUUGAAAUUUCGUAUCUGCGUCCAUCAUGAUACUACAUCUACACCAUAUAUAUAGCGUAUCUUUACACUACUAUAUCUUGAUUCUACCAUUUCGAUUUUGUUAGCCACUACCUCUGUACUACGCGACGACAAUUG